CAAUGAUCCAGAUGUUGCUUCAACCUGACGGAGAACAUCCAGGCCCCCAGCAGCUGAACCUAGGAAACACCGACAGCAACUACAACAUGUACGACAUGUGAAGCAACUCCACAACAUAUUUUCCUAUGUUGAAUAACAAGAGACCACAGCAACUACACCGACAGCUCCUCAACUUCCAGCAGCUAAUGAACAGGAACUGGACGACUGUUAAUCAUCUGUGUUGCUUCAACCAGAGAGAAACGCUCAGCAGAUUAAAAACCAGCAAGGUACCGAGCAACAGCAUCUACAACCCAGAGCAACCAGCACCUUCACCAGCAGGUGAAGACGACAGCCAACAGAAUGAGCCAGCAGAAGGAGGCGGAGCCUUGCCGGGAGCUGGAGGGCAAGGUGCAGACCUGGGCUCAGUCACUGGUUUACACGUUGGAGGAGCUGGAGUGUAAAAUCUGUUACAACCGGUACGACACUCGCAGCAGGAAGCCGAAGCUUCUGGGAUGUUUACAUCGCGUCUGCGCCAAGUGCCUGAAGAAGAUGGUGGACAUGGGAGAGUCCUCGCCCUCUGUCAUCAGCUGUCCAUUCUGUCGCCAUGAGACGCACGUCCCCGAUGAAGAGGUGUGGUUGAUGGAGGACGACCGACACAUUCUGGCGGUGUUGUCGUGUCAGGACCGAGCUCGGCGUGGCGGAGGAGGAGGGGGGGUGGUGUUGAGUCCUUCUUGUCUCACCGGGGGCAGCGUGGAGGCGUCGCACCGCUCCGCAGACUGCCUGGUCAUCACCAUCAUGGAACUUCCUGAAUCGUCUCCCUCGUCGGACUCACUGAGCACGCUCAACGUGGUGGGUGUGUACCGCCCCCCCAGCAUCGACUCGCUGCCCUGUCACCUGCCCCCCCACAAGUGUCACAACUGGACGUCCCGCAGUGUCCCUCGCUGCCUUCUGGGGGCGCUGUGUCUGGUGUUCUUCAGCUCGCUGCCUCUGGGGAUUUACCUGCUUAUGAUUGGUCAGCUGUGGUUGGGCGUCGUCCUCGUCAGUCUGGUCCCGUCCACGCUGCUCCUCCUCGUCGUCUACGGCUUCUGUCAGUGUCUCUGCCACGAGGUGAUGGAGGCGCUCGCCACCCGCACACACACACUGCCGUGA